AUGACUCCGAGCAGGCCAUCCAUCUCCUGGGAUGAAGUCAACAACGCCCCUCACGAGGUUGAAUGGUCCGAGGGGCUCAUUGGUGCUCCCGCUGCCUACCAGGCUGCAGAGAAAUACGAGGAACACGUCGCCGCGAACGGAAAGUACUUUCCUUACUCAAUCUUUUUGUCGAAUCUCAGAAUGGAACCGUCUAACCUGUUGCUUAGCGUGUUCCUUGCGUCCGCCGACGAGUCACUUGUCAUCUCAACAUGGAGCUCCAUCGCGUCGCAAUUUAAUCGUCUGUCUCAAGGGUCAUGGCUGCUAGUCGCAUAUAAUUUUGGUUAUUGCGUCUCAUUGCCGGUGUAUGGUACGCUCAGCGACAUAUAUGGACGGAAAAAUGUCCUCCUCUGGGCUUACUUUCUGUUCGCUUUGGGAUGUCUGGCAUGUGGCGCUAGUGGCUCCUUGAUCCAGCUCAUUCUGGCUAGAGUAUUAGCUGGCAUUAGUGGCGGUGGUAUGGUUGCUCUGGUGUCCAUUAUCAUUACCGAUUUGAUGCCUUCUAACGAGGUGGCACUGUUUCGAGGAUAUGCUAAUGUAGUCAAUGUGGCUGGCCGCAGCUUGGGAGCCCCAGUUGGGGGCUUUCUGAUCGCGACACUCGGGUGGAGAUGGGCCUUUCUAGGGCAACUCCCCCUCAUCAUUAUUUGUAUUCUGGUCGCAUAUUACGGUCUUCCCUCGUCGUUAAACCAAAGUAAGGCAGAUAGCGACCAAGAUGAUUCUCGAUCUCGAGCUUCAGAUCUCGACUAUGGAGGUAUUAUCAGUCUUGCUACCGCAAUCCUCAUUCUGCUAUUCUUGAUCCAAAGCUUGAGCACGACAGAUGAUCAACCCGGCCUGCCCUACGUAUUAGCCCCUGCUUUCGCAAUCGCCAUUGCAGUGUUCGUUCUCACAGAAGCAUACUGGGCCAGAAAGCCAUUGAUACCGUUAAGCCUGCUAAAAUGCUCCUUGGGAGGGUACUGUGUGGGGCAAUUGUUGUUAAUCACAGGUCGCUCGGCACUUAGCAGUAAUAUGGUACCAUACUUCGUCCGAAUUGAAAAAGUGACUGAUUUUCUGGCAUCAUUUACCUACGUCGUCACUGCGGUGGGUGUCUCAGUCGGCGGCCUGAUUUCAGGUGCCAUCAUCAAACGAACGAAGCAAUAUAAAACAAUGACUGUAAUAGCAGUGGUAUCUACUGUCUUGCUGUCUAUUUUAAUCUUCAUUCGCUACCGCGAUGGUUGCUAUACCUGGGAGCUAAUUUAUCUUUUCCCUUCGGGCCUUUCAAAUGGCAUACUCUUCUCCACGCAAUUCAUUGGCAUGUCUUUGGCGGCACCUAAAGAGCGGCUGGCGACUUCGAUUGGGAUAUACUACCUCUCCCAGCAAUUGGGGUUCAUUGUCGGUCCGGCCGCUUCGGUCGCUGUUGUUCAGCGGCUCUUCGCCCAUAGGCUUUCAGAAAGUCUGGAAGGAUUGGAAGAAAAACAGUGUAUUGGUAAAGUCAUUAAUGAUCUGAGAUACUCUGAGAGCUUACCGGAAAGACUCCAGAGUAUCGUCCGAUCGAGCUAUCUGUAUGGGUUUCAAUUUGUACCAUUGCUUGGCACGGUGUCCACUUUGAUCUUGUUGCCAAUUGUGCUAUUACAAAAGGAAAGAAGAAUCGAAUGA